AUGAAAGCCAAGAAACAAUAGGAUGAUGCAGUUCUUGAGGAUGAUCUUGCUAGAACAAAAUCUUAAUUAGUAUUAGAGUUUGUAAUUAUAUAGGACUACUUUCCAAAAUGGUAAGAAUUGAAACCGCUUGGAAAGAACAUCCAUCGAAGAUCUUAUCAUUCUUGUGUGACUUGGGACAAUUAGUAAUAAUUGAAUAAUAUCAAUAAGUAUCUAUGUAUAUGGUGGAUAUGAAACAAAUGAGGGAAUAUUAGAUGAUUUGAUGAGAAUUCCAAUACCUAAUUCAGAUAAAUCUUUGGAGUGGACAUAAGUUUACAAGAACCCUUAAAAAGAAUUAAAAGGACCAGGACCUUUGAGAAAUCAUAGUGCAGUUGUCUAUUAAAAUAAGAUGUACAUUUUUGGAGGAAAAGAGAAUCUAAUAUAACCAUGUUGUAAAUUGUGGAUAUUCGAUUUUUAAACAGAGAAAUGGGAUGAAGGGUAAGAUUGUAAAAUAAAUGAUUAUACAGUUUGUGUUGAAGGACAUAAUAGUUGUGUAUUUAUUCAAGAAGAUGUAAAUAAGCUUUUAAUUGAUAUUAGAUGGCAUCAAUGAUUGUAUUUGGUGGUUUUUAUACAGAUAAAGGUUAUGUUUCUCAAAUUCUCCAAUACUAAUUUAAAGAGAAUAUAUGGUCUCUUUAUUAUGAAUAGCAAAAAACGAGUCCUUAAGGUAGAGCAGGAGCAGGUGCUGCAAUUUUGGGAAAUGAUUUAUAUGUAUUUGGAGGGUGUAAUUACGAAUAAAGAUUUUCAGAUUUUUGGAAGUUUGAUUUAAUAAAUAAGAAAUGGGAAUAAAUUAAAACUGAAAAGUCUCCAGGAGUAAUAUAUUUAUAUAUUUUUAGUCUAGAUCUUCUUCAGUUAUUGUAUCACAUAACUAAGGAUUAUAUUUAUUUGGAGGAAUACAUGAUAUUACUCAUGAGAAGAAUGAUUUAUGGAUGUUUAAGAAUAAUGAUUGGGUCUUAUUAGAAGAAGAUAAUAGUAGAAGAUAAGUUAAUGAUGAAUUGAAUGAUUCUUUAGAUAAAGCAAGUUAGAGUAAACCAAAUAAAUAAAAAGAAAAAGCAAAAAUUUAAGAUAUUUAAAAUAGAACAUUAUUUUUAUUAGGUGAAGAUAGUGAAUUAAGGAGUCCAUAAAGAAGAGGUUCAGUAAAAAAUAUUAGUUUACCUGCUGGUACACAGAAAAUAAGUACAGAACAAAAUAAUGUUUCUUAAGCUACAAAUAAUAUGGAAGAACUUAAGAAAAGAAGAUGGUAAUAAAAGAAAAUGUAGAUGCUGUAAAAUAUAAUAUUUAUUUAUUUAUAGUGCUGAAUUUGAUUUGACAGAAGAAGAAAAAUAAAAAUUUAGAAGUUCAUCUCCUACAACUGAAUAAAUCAAGAAUUCCAUCAAUUUAAUAACAAAUUAAGAUAAAGGUGGAUAAAGAAAGAUUUCUUCACCUAUUGGAAGAAAAUAAUAAUAAGCAUAACUUAUUGGAAAAAAACCAUGUGCAAGAGAUGGUCAUUCAGUUAUAGUAGUAGGGGAAUCUAUGAUUGUAUUUGGAGGAGAUCGUAAUUUAAUGUCAUUUAAUGACUUAUAUAUGUAUUCUUUCAGCAUGCCAAAUAAACCAACCAAAUGA